UGCAAAGAUGUUUUGCACUGUUAAGACAUACACAAAGAUGAGAUCAACAGGUUUUAGGUAUGGUUGCAGCAUUACUAAUUUUUCGUUGAUUUAUGUCCUUGUCAAGUCCUUUUCUACCCCCUGUUGUUUGAAAUUCUUUAAAAAUCUGUGCUGAUCUCUCUCUCUCUCUCUGUCUCUGAUGUGAGCCUUAAGGGCAGAGAGUGUGCCUCAUAUCAUCAUAUGAUUGGCUUGCAGGUUGUCCGAAUUUUAAGUUCUAACCCUUUUAAUUUGGACUUUUCAUCAUGAACAACAGAAAAAAGAAAAAGCCGGAGCUUGGAAUCCAUAGUUGUCUGUUUCCGGCUAAUAUUGACACGGGAUUAAAAACAAUGUGAUCGAAUGUUCCCAUCAAGCCAACCAGUGGCAGCUCACAUAUUCUUCUCCCUGACAAUCAUUUAUCAGGUCUGCCAUGAGAGAUAAUCAUGAUCUGAGGCUACAACAGACAAGCCAAACCAAACUAAGCUUUGUGCCCCAAUCAGGUAGGAUCGACUGCAUGAAUCAUUUUUCGUCAUUCCACUUCAAAAAUGGCUAUAUAUUCAAUUAAAUAAAAUAAAUCCAUGUCAUUUUUUUACUAUUGCAUCUUAUGUCAGUUUUCAUAUGUGAUUUGAUGGGAAUUUUUACUUGUUGACUGGUAGGCUAUUUAACACACAACCCUCCUCCUUAUCCGAGCUUGGAACUAGCUUCUGCAACAGACAAAUAAUAGAAAAAAAAAAAGAAAGAACUUUCUUAAUCGUGGUAGAGCCAUUUGGCUUGGUUGCCUCAUCUGUCAGCUUGCUGACCCUGUAUACUAUAUAGAAUUCUAAAGGGCAUACAACUAGCCGGCCUAACUGGGGUUCUUGUAUUAAACUAACCCGAUCUUUACGCAACUAGCAUAAAAGAAUUAUAGUAUAGAAUAUGAGAAAGAAAUGUUUAUAAGAGUCUUCACUCUCAUCAUUGCAUAAAUAUAUUGGUAAUCCUUGAGGUAAUCUAUAUGAUAUAUUUAAAAGAUCAUUUGACAUAUCUAUCAGGGAGAAGAAAACAAAGAGAAUCAUACAAAUCAAAGCUAGGGACAAAGCCUCUCAGAUGAUUAUUUAAAUCAGAAUAUAUUUUAUUGAGAUUGAAAGCGGCACAACAAAAAACGAUGCUGUUUUGAUCUUUUCUAUCCACCUUAACUAGGAUUCUCAAAUCUACUUUCUUCAUAGUUACCUAGAGCUAACAAUCUAAAAGCUUGCGGAAAUGGCAAUCUCUCUCUCCUUGCAAACCAUAUUUUGUAUCUUUGUAUUCCUUUCUUCUUCUCAUGUUUGCAGGGCUCAAUCGCCUGCGAGUGGGGACACAGACUUCUCUUGUGUCCCAGACUCCCCUGUUUCCUGUGAAACAUACGUCACAUACCGUGCCAGGGCACCUGAGUAUUUGAAUCUGCAAAAUAUAGCAAAUCUGUUUGGUGUAAAUCAUUUGACAAUUGCAAAAGCCAGUAAGCUUGUCUCUGGGGAUGCACAAUUGAUUCCGGACCAACUCUUGUUGAUACCGAUCACCUGUACCUGCAACGGAACAUACUUCUUCUCCAAUGUCACCUACAAGAUCAAGGGAGGUGAGAGCUUUUAUGUAGUUUCGAUCACCACUUUCGAAAAUCUCACUAAUUAUCAUGUAGUGGAGGAUCUGAAUCCGACAAUAAAUCCAGCCAACUUGACGAUUGGUGAGGAAGUGGUCUUCCCUUUGCUCUGUAAGUGCCCGACAAAGGCCCAGUCGGAAAAGAGAAUGAAAUAUCUCUUAACUUACGUAUGGCAACCAGACGAUGAUGUCUUAACUGUAACUGCAACGUUUAACGCGUUGCCAUUUGAAAUUGCUGCUGAAAAUAACUACCGAAACUUCACCGCUGCUGUGUGUCUUCCUGUGUUGAUACCCAUGUCACAACUUCCGGAUCUUUCUCAAUCUCAUCCCUCCCAUGCUCAAAGCCAUUCCACCAAACAUAGGCGGACCGUUGUCAUCGUUUUAUGCGCAAGUGGGGUUCUCUUGCUUUUCCUUCUGGCAAGCUUGGUGGUCUAUCUUCAUCGUUCAUUUCAGAAAAAGAAGAUUUUGAUUCGCAAUGAUUCUUCGUUGGAGACUGCUGAUCUCAUCAAGAUGAAGAAAGCAUCGAAAGAGGACUUCUUCGAUCCUAAGACCAUUCAGGAUAAGCUACUUCCUGGGGUUUCGGGUUAUCUAGGAAAGCCGAUCAUGUAUGACAGGAAGGUGAUCAUGGAGGCAACUAUGAACCUCAAUGAACGGUAUAGAAUUGGAGGAUCAGUGUACAGGGCCACGAUCAAUGGCCAGGUCUUUGCUGUGAAGAAAACAAACAAAGCCACAGAGGAAUUGAAAAUAUUACAGAAAGUAAAUCAUGCGAAUCUUGUGAAGUUAAUGGGCGUGUCAUCGGACAAGGAAGGGAAUUGUUUCUUGGUUUAUGAAUAUGCUGAAAAUGGAUCACUAGACAAGUGGUUGUACCCAAAAUCUUUGUCAUCGUCUUCAGGCUCUUUUGCAUUCCUUACUUGGACUCAGAGGUUAAACAUAGCUCUAGACGUAGCCAAUGGACUUCAAUACAUGCAUGAACUCACUGAACCAAGUAUGGUUCAUAAGGCUAUCAGAACAAGUAACAUACUUCUCAACUCUAGGUUCAAGGCCAAGAUCUCGAAUUUCUCCACAGCUACACCUGCAACGAGCUCUAUCAUGUCCAAAAUCGAUGUUUUUGCUUUCGGGGUUAUUCUGUUGGAGUUGCUUUCAGGAAAGAAAGCGGUAGAAACAAAAGAGAACGGCGAGAUUGUGAUGUUGUGGAUGGAAAUGAGGGCGAUUUUGGAAGAUGAAGGGAGAAGAGAAGAGAAGUUAAGGUGGUGGAUGGAUCCAAAUUUGGAGAGCUUUUACCCCGUUGAUGGGGCUCUGAGCGUGGCAGCUCUAGCAAGGGCUUGCACAUCAGAGAAGUACACGGCACGGCCAAGAAUGGUGGAAAUUGUUUUCAAUCUCUCCGUUCUUGCUCAAUCAUCCCCGGAGAUGUAUGAAAGGUCUUCGACAUCAGGGACAUCAGGGUUGGAUGGAGAGGAAGUCUCUCAAAUUGUCAGCCCUGUCAUGGGUCGUUGAUCUAGCGAUAUCAUGUAACGCAUUAGAUUAGUCCUUUUGAUUUUCUGUUCUUUAUGUUUCAUGCGUACAAAUUUCUUGCAACAUCAAAUGUAAAGCCUUGUGCAAAAACUUGCUUCAAAUUUUAUGAUACAAGUUUAUUCUCCCAUACGUGCUGAAUUUGUAUAUGACAGCAAAAAAAUCUGAAGUUUAUCUAAACAUCUAAUGAAUCAUGACAAGAAAGUAAAAGGUGACAAACCCAAAUUUAAAAAAAAGAAAAAGAAAAGAA